AGCGGCAUUUAAAAUGGCCAAUCCUGAGGUCUGGACACGGAGUGGGAGUGGCGGUGGCCUCCGAGGUCAUUCCGAUGCAAGCCCAGACUGGGCGCCCGGGGCGCCGGUACCUUUCCAAGAGCGCAUCCGCAUUCCUCGCGCUUGGCAGCCUGGGGAGGCGAAGCCGGAGAACGACAGCGACAACGAAGAGGACCGGCCAGCGGCUGGUACGAGCAAAGGCAAAAGCGGCGACCGGCGAGGUGGCUAUAAAUGCGGUCGCUGUGGGCAACCCAAGAAGGGACACGUUUGCACGAACAAGCCUCGGCUGCGGGCGGCAUUCGUCGAGACUACGGAGGUGGAGAUUCAGGCAGAGAGGGACGCGGAGAUGGUGCUCCGGCGCCUGGAUACCAAGCUUCAAGGAUACCCGGAGAGCUACGGACUGACAUUUCGAUGGGCCCCCUCGGCGGCCUCUCUGUACGCGGCGCAGCAACAGCAGCAAGAAGAACAGCAGCAACAUAGUGACCAGCGGCAGCCACAAAUGGCAAGCCAACAGUUACAGCAACAACAGCAGCAGCCCCUAUAUGAAAGAGCGCACUUGCUCGCGACUCCAUCUACAAACUUUUCGCAACAGCAGCAAACUGAACACUUAUUACCGAUGCAGGCGGGAGGAGCUUGCGCUAUGGAGUGUCUGUCAUCCUCAGAUCACUCGCAUCAGGUGCAGCAGGUACAGGACCAUGGACCGGUGCAGCCACAACAGUCAUUAGAGCCUCCUCACAGCCAUCGAGGACGAGGGAGAGCACCUCCCGCGGGGGUUACAGGAGGAAGCAACAGCGGGUCAGGACACACGGGGGGGAGCCUAGUCCCCCCGUCCUCACAAGCACCGCAUGAUGGGCAGCAAGUGUAUUAUCCGCUACCGGGGAGCGUUGGGGUCGCCGGCGACCCGAGUCAGACCGAGCAGCACCCGCAUCAGUAUUACGGACGAAAUGAAAUCUAUGUGAAUAGAGAAAUGUAAUAUCGGUUGACCAACGACGAUUGCCCGGCAUGAUAUGAAGUUAAAUGCGAGAAGACCCUGUUUAAAACAGAAAACUUAGCAGAAUACGAUUUUGAAGAAAAUUUGUUACGGACGCA